AAAUAAGUUAGUGAGAAUGACCGCAUAGAGGCUCGCGGGAGCAUGUGGCCACAUACGCAUGCACAUGUAACCAGGCAUGUACCCAUGGGAGGGUGUGCACAGUCCCGCGCAUCGGAGCCCCUCCAGCAAGGCAAAGGGCUCUGCAGGGGAUGGCAUGGGACAGGCAAGGGUUAGGCCUAACUCCCCUCCUUGUCCCUGUCCCUGUCCCCCAACCUCAGGAGGGUCCGCAGUGGCUCUACGUGUGGGACUUCGAUGGGCUGCUGCGCGAGUCCCAGCGGGAGGUGCUGCUGUUGCAGAGGCAGAUGGCGCUGCGCAACCAGCGGGAGACGCCCCCCCUCCCGCCGUCCCGGCCCCUGGCCCUGCUCUCCAGGCCAGAGCAGGGGAGCCGGCUCCCGGGCCCCGGGAGAGGUGAGCGCCGGCGCCAAGGGCAGGCCACGCCCCAGGAGGAUGCGGACAACCUACCCGUGAUUCUAGGGGAGCCAGAGAAAGAGCAGAGGGUGCAGCAGCUGGAAUCGGAGCCCAGCAAGAAGCGAAAGAAAUGCCAGAGCCUGGAGCAGGAGGCCCGGAAAAAGCAGAGGCGAUGUGAGGAGCUGGAACUGCAGCUGAGAGAAGCGCAGAACUGGUGGAGGAGAUCUCCCGGCUCAGUGGGAGAGCCCCAGAGAAGGAGCAGGUACCACUUCCGCCCAGGUGGAGUGGGAGAAUGCGGAGCUGAGGGGCCAGCUCCUGGGGAUGACACGGGAGAGGGACUCAGCCCUUCGCAAGAGCCAGGGCCUGCAGAGCAAGCUGGAGAGCCUGGAGGAAGUGCUGAAGAGGAAUCUGGAGCAAAUGGUGUUUGAGGCGUCCUCAUCUCAGAUCUUCUCUAGAAAUGGCCAAGUGGGGGCUCUGUCCUUGACUCGGAUCUUGUGUGUCAGCACCUUCGGGAGGUGGCCCAGCGGCGGCGGCAGCUGGAGGUGGAGCAUGAACAGGCUCGGCUCAGCCUACGGGAGAAGCAGGAGGAGGUCCGGAGGCUGCAGCAGGUGGGGCGGCAGUGAGGGAAGCUGGCAGGCUGCUGGACACCAGCGUUGCCACUCACUCAUUCCACAAGCAUUGACUGUGUGCCCGGCACUGCGCUAGGCGUCGGGGAGACUGUGGGGAACAAAGACCAGGUCCCUGAGCAGUCACAGUGGCUCAUGUCUGUAAUCCCAACAGUUUAGAAGGCCAAGGCAAGAGAAUCACUUGAGGCCAGGAAUUCAAGACCAGCCUGGGUAACACAGCAAGACUCUGUCUCUUAAUAAUUGUUUUUAAAUUAGCUGGGCAUGGUGGCAUGUGCCUAUACUCCCAGCUCCUCAGGAGGCUGAGGUGAGAAGAUCAUUUGUGCCCAGGAAGUCAGGGCUGCAGUGAGCUGUGAUCAUGCCACUGUACUCCAGCCUAGGUGACAGGGCAAGACCCUGUCUCAGAAAAAAAAAAAAUUUAAAAGUACUACAGCCAUGAUGUAUAUUUAAUUUCUUAAAUCUAUAUUUAGGAUAUUCUGUGUUCAUAAACAAGAUAGAUCUGUCAUAAUGUUUUCUUGUCCUGUCCUAGUUUGGGUGACAAGAUUAUUCAAGUCUCAGACAUUGAAUUGGGUUGCUUCUCUUUUUCUGUACUUGUAAUUUAUUUAUCAGCUUCACAUGCAGUAAGUGCUUUGAAUGUAAGUAUCUGUGUCUUUCUUCAGUCCUAGAAAAUUUAUAGCCAUUAUUUGUUCUAUCACUCAUGGUCUCUAUUUCUCCCCACAUCUUCCCAACCCCGGGGUAUUCUUAUGAAUAGACACUGAAACAUUUGACCCCAUCCUCCAUGUAUAACUUUUCUUUCAUUUUGCUCGUCUCUCUUAUCCCUUUGUACAGCACUCUGCGGGAAUUCCUUACCUCAGAUUUCAAGCUUACUAAUUGUAUCCAACUAUGAAUUAUAUGCUCUUCACCCAUAUAUUGAGUCCUUUUUUAACAAGAAUAUAUGUACUUUUUGCGAGAUCUGUAUUAGGAUCUUUUUCAUAACUACUUGUUCUUGUUUCCCAGAUGCAAUUCCUUCCUGUGUUUCUCCAACAAUAACUGUAGACUUUUUAAAGUUUUCUCCUAAUGCUUUAUUGACUUGUGUAUAUUUUUCCAUUUCCAUUUGUUGUCUCUCUUAGUGAAGUUGGCUUUCCUCAAAUA